UCCAAACCCUGCGCCGAGGAGCCAGUCGAGAUGAGUGGCACUGUGACCAUCAGAACAAGAAAGUUCUUGACAAACCGCUUGCUCCAACGCAAGCAAAUGGUUGUCGAUGUCCUCCACCCUGGCAAAGCCACAGUUCCCAAGACAGAAAUUAGGGAGAAGUUGGCAAAAAUGUACAAAACAACGCCAGAUGUUGUGUUUGUAUUUGGCUUCAGGACGCAAUUUGGUGGUGGCAAAACAACAGGAUUUGCCAUGGUCAAUGAUUCCUUGGAUUACGCCAAGAAGAAUGAGCCCAAACACAGGCUGGCAAGGCAUGGCCUAUUGGAGAGAAAGAAGGUUUCCAGGAAACAGCGAAAGGAACGCAAGAACAGAAUGAAGAAAGUUCGGGGCACAGCUAAAGCAAACGUUGGUGCCGGCAAAAAGUAACUUGGGAAUGACACUGAAAGUUCUUUAAAAUGCUAAGCUAUCCAAGGAUCAACUUCAAUAAUUAUUUGUAUAUGCCCCCAAAUAAAUUC